AUGAGUUCAUGCUUGGGAGAGUCCAUGAUUUUUCUCACACUGGAUCCAAACACAGCAAACACUCAACUCAUUCUGUCUGACGAAAACAGAAAGGUGACAUGGGUGAGACAUUAUCAGCCAUAUCCUGAUCAUCCAGACAGAUUUGAUAGGUAUAAUCCUCAGCUGUUGUGUAGAGAGCGUGUGUGUGGACGCUGUUACUGGGAGACUGAGUGGAGUGGAGAUAAUGUGUUAAUAUCAGUGUCAUAUAAGAGCAUCAGCAGGAAGGGAGCAGGUGAUGAGUGUGUGUUUGGAUUGAAUGAUCAGUCCUGGAGUUUAAUCUGCUCUCCCAUCAGAUACUCAUUCAGGCACAAUAAGAUAGAGACUCGUCUCCCUGUAGAGCCCAUCAGCAGUAGAAUAGGAGUGUUUGUGGAUCACAGUGCAGGAACUCUGUCCUUCUACAGCGUCUCUAAAAUAAGGAGCCUCAUCCACACAAUCCAGACCACAUUCACUCAGCCUCUUUAUUCUGGGUUUACUGUUGGUUAUCAAUCAUCAGUGAAACUGUGUUGAUGUACCUUAAUUCUACCCAUAAUACUUUGAGCUGCAUGAUAAAUCAGUUACAGUGAGAUGUUAUAGAGUCUCUUCUUUUCUCUUCAUCACAUCAAAACUGUGUCACUGAAAUAACAUGUCAGAAUAAUAAUGUUAUUUUGUUAUCAGCAUGUUAUUAGUGUGUUAUAAAUCAUAAUUUAGACAGUAAGAUCAGUGUGCGUGACUCCUGCUGAAUGAUGUGUUUCUGUGCUUCUCUCACAGUGUUGGUGAAAAUUUUAUUUUAGUGUCAAUCAUUUGUAUUAUUAUGAUCAAAAUAUCCUUUCAAUUGAAAAGUACCCUUCACAAACAUGAUUCAUCAAGAACGCAUCAUUCUUAUAUUUUAUAACAUUGUUUAUAAAUUAAACAAUGCCAUAUCAAUUUCAGAUCAUAUUUUAAUUCAUGAUGUAUAUUUAUAUGUAUGUUUCAUCACCUGCAUUGUGAAAUAUAAACAAU